AUCAGGCAGAUGUGUUUGAUAAGAACUACUGGGAAACGAGGCUUUUCUUGAACAGUUAUCUUAAGCACUGUCAGUUUUCAUAAAAUCAGACACACGUAAAAGUCACCAGUUUUUAACUUAGUGUUAUUUGGAAUCACAAUGACAACGGUUGUUAAUACUCUGACUCCGGUUUAACACAAACCAAUUAUUAACGAAUGUUAAUUCUGUGGGCAAAUGAUGUAUCUAGGAGAACUUUUUUUACUCAGGAUUCGUGACCUGUAUUUUUUUAAACGGUAAACCAAUUAUCAUCGUUUCUGCAUAUUACUUCAUCGUGGAUCAUCAAUAAAAAUCGAUAAGAACACGUCAUCUCAAAGUUCAAUAACUGAAAAGCUAACAUGACAAAGAAAUGAAGAACAGCUGUUGAUGCACAGUAUAAAAAGUAGCGAAGGCGUCACAAGCUUUGCAGAUAAUGUCAGCAACCAUCAAUCACAGUACGAUCCGAGAGGAGACUGAUGAGAAUGGGGCUCAUGAUAUACAACUGCAGCAGUCGGAGGAGGACGAAGCUCGUGAUACUCUCCUGCCGGAAACGAACGAGCACAAGAUAAACAAUAUCAGCAGUUCUUCAGAAACCGGUGGAGGUGGUUGUGAUUCACAGCGUCCGCGGAAGACGACGGCUGCCCCAAUUAAGAAGGCAUCACAUUCCCCAAAGCUUGUCCCUCCGGAUGGCGGGUGGGGUUGGCUGGUGUCAGCAGGGGCCUUUAUUAACAUUCUUCUGACGUGCUCCGUCGUCCCGUGUUUCAGCAUAGCCUUCUUCUACAUCCUGGUGGGAUUCGGAGCAACAACCGCAACCAUAGGAUGGAUCAUCAGCAUCCACUCGUUCUUGUGGAACAUGGUUGGGCCUUUCACCAUGCCCCUCGUGACGGAGUUCGGCUGGAGAAGAGUGGCUAGCGUGGGGGUUCUGUGGAUGUCCAUCUCCUUGGUCAUUUCCGCCUAUACGCCCUCCGCUGAGUUUCUCUUCUUCUCCUUUUCCGUCUUAAAUGGAGCAGGUUGUGGUUUAACGGCUACAGCAGCUUUCAACAUCGUUCCUCAAUAUUUCCUUCGACGUCGAGGAAUAGCAAAUGGUAUCAUUACGGGCGGAAUAUCCAUUGGGCAAAUAUUUGUCCCACCUUUCGUGCGAUUUCUCCAGGAAGAAUACAGCAGUAAGGGAGCGUUACUUAUUCUUGCAGCUGGGACGCUUAACGGUCUUGUUGGGAUUUGUUUCUUUCAUCCUGUGGCUUGGCACAAAAAAUACACUUCCGAAGAACCGGAAGUCACAGAGGCCGAUGGAACCGACACGAAAUCCACGAGAGACGGAUCAAGCGCUUCAUCACGCCACAGAAGAUUUUCAUCAUCGUCCGAAAACCCCACGAGACACGUUACCUCAAAUGCAGAGCGAUCUUCUAUGCACGCUUCCUCUGUAAGCUUAGCCGCAGGCGUUUCACUACAGUCUUUCCCAGAUUUCGAAAAAAAGGAGGAGGAGAAGAAGGAGGAGGAGGAGGAGGAGGAGGAGGAGGAGGAACUCCCCCAAGAGCCAUCAAGAAGGAAGACCAGCCCCUUGGAUUCCAUGAUUCGGGUGGUUCGAUCACUCAUAUCUAACAUGAAAGUGAUGCGAUCCAGGAGGGCCUUCAUCAUCAACCUAGGUAUUACCUUUUUGCUCACCAGCCACGUCAGUUUCUGCACGAUGCUGCCAUUUACGGUUCAAGCCGUCGGGCACUCUCUGCAAGACGCCUCUUACGCUGUUUCUGUCAUGGGUGCCUGUAGCCUGACGGCUCGACUCGUGGUGAACCCUAUGACAGAUUGUGCCUGGUUCAACAUGAGGAUGUCGUACAUGGCAAGCUAUGCAGCCAUAAGCUGCGUCAUGCUAGUGUUUCCUUUCAUGACAGAAAUCAUGUGGAUAAAUGUCGUCAUGGGUUGUUACGGGUUUACUGUUGGGAUGAAUAUCAGCCUGAACAAUCUCGUCAUAAUUAAAUUCAUGGGACUAGAGAAUCUGCCAUCGGUUUUUGGAGCCUCGCAAGUUUUCACCGGCAUAGGAUUUCUCUGUGCAGGACCUGUCACAGGUAUAAUCCGUGACGUGACCCAGAGCUACGCCGUAGCAAUUUGGAUUUUAUCCUUCUGUGUAUUCUGCAGUUUCCUAUUGUGGUUCCUGAUGCCCGCAGCUAUUGCCUACGACCAGAGGCAAGAAGCCGAACAGAACCAGAUUUGCGCAGGAAAAAGUGCAUAGUUUCCCUCGUCCUUGAUUAUUCACGAUAACAUACUUGGUGAACAGGUUCACUUUACUUCUUUCCGUUUUUCUUUUGUUCCUUCCCUUACCAUUCAUUCAUUCUUACGUUUGCUCGUUCGUUCUUCUUUGUAGAAAGAAAUAGGUAUGUGACAAGAGCGUUUUCGUUAUUCCACACAAAUCUCAGCGUCUUAUGUCUGGAAACAUAUUCGAAAAACUACGAUAAGGAAGAGUUGUGUUUCAAGACAUCUAUAAAUAAAAAUUGGAUAAUUUUAAAAUAAAAAUAGCAAGU